AUGUCUCCUUCAAAGGUCAAAGAUGAACUCAGAAUAGUUUCGCCCAUUGGUGCACUUGGUCGAGGUUUUACUGAAGAGUAUGUCUGGAAUGCUGUUGAGGCUGGAGUCGAUGCGAUUAUCGUUGACGCUGGAUCUACCGACAGUGGUCCUGGGCGGCUGGCACUUGGCAAAAUGGGUGCACCUCAGGCUGGAUAUUGGAGAGAAUUUGAGAUUCUUGUGAGAGCUUGCCACCUUUACAACGUAAAGGUUUUGAUAGGGUCUGCCGGUGGAAGUGGCUCAAACGCAUUCGUUGAUCACCAUACCAACAUAAUCAAGUCGAUCGUGAAAGACAAAGGCUACCGAACACUCAAGGUAAUCAGUAUCUAUGCUGAAAUUCCAAAGGAUACUGUCCAUCAGAAGCUCAAAGCUAAGCUUAUCAGCCCUUGCGGAAGCGGUAUCCCCGAUCUACAGGAGCACGACAUCGACUCGACAAAUAUUAUUGUUGCACAGAUGGGUCUUGAGCCUUAUUUGCAAGCCAUGAACGACAAUCCAGAUUUCGAUAUUAUAGUGGGCGGUCGGGCUUACGACCCGGCUCCUUUUGCAGCAUUCUGCCUCUACCAUGGCUUUGAUGAUUUGGGACUGAAUUACGCCAUGGGCAAGAUCAUGGAGUGUGGGGCACAGUGUGCCAUACCAAAAUCCAAGGAGUGUCUUGCAAUUGUCCGCCGCGACAAUUUUGAUUUGAUUCCCCUGCAGCCAGGGGUGCGAUGUACACCGACGUCGGUUGCAGCUCACCUCCUGUAUGAGAAGAGCAGACCAGAUGUUCUUCACGGGCCUGGGGGAGCACUUUACACAAGUGACUUGACUUAUGAACAAAUUGACGACCGAACAGUUCGAGUAAAGGGUGCCAAAUUCAUACCAGAACCCGAGGGCGAGUAUACGGUAAAGCUUGAGGCUGCCCGUGUCAGUGGAUACCAGACAUCUUUCGUGGGAGCAUUUAGAGACCCAAUACUCAUUUCUCAGCUCGAUACCUGGAUGCCUUUGAUUGAAAAGGGGGUUCGUGAUAUGAACAAGGGCUUUGCAUUCGACCUCAAAAUCCAUACAUAUGGACUAAAUGGAGUGAUGGGAUCUUUGGAACCAGAUACGAGCAUUCCGAAGGAAGUUUGCCUUGUUGUGCAUGUGAGAGCACCGACACAAGAGCAAGCGAAUGAUGUGGCAACAAGCACCAAGAAUCGACUGACGCAUGCGCCAUACCCAGGUCAGCUUGCAACUGCUGGUAAUUUUGCUUGGCCUCUGACUCCCUCUGAAACUCCCAUGGGACCAUGUCCAGAAUUCUGCAUUUACCAUAUCAUGCAUCAAUCAGAUCCGGUCUCACUAUUCCCGGUUAAGGUUGAGGAAUACUUGGGCGACAACUCCUUCAUCAGCCCCACACGGAACAAGACCACUUCGAACACUGACACUACAAUCUCGGCCAAGAAACCUUCCUCCACUACAACUACCACGCCCAAGAAAUACUAUUUGCGUCCAGAGCCAACAGCUGGGACUUGUUACCUUGGGGAUAUUGCAUCGGUCGUCCGCAGCAAGAUCGCGGGACCUUAUCAUGUCACUUUCGAUGUGAUGUUUACAGAUCGAGAGAUCUACAACAAAGUCAAACAAGCCAAUGUCUUGAGCAAAAGCACCAUUGCCAAAUUGUACAAUAUUCCUGAAGCUGAUGUAGAUGUGUCAAUGUGGUGGGAUCAAGCUAUGGCUUACAAAGCCACUAUUCCCAGACAUCGGGCUUCGGGUGGUUUUGGUGAAACAGAUACUCAUGGAUCACAGCAGCAUGCACCUCUUCUGUACCUUAGUUUCCCUUGGGGAAGAGUCUAG